AUGACAUCACGGACGCGCCACUGUGCCCGACUGGGCAUCGUUCUCCUUGGGAUCUGUUGCAUCGCCAGCGGGGUUUACCUCUUCCGCAACUGGAUCGAUAUGUUUACGCGCAUGCGCGGCCAGGAAAUGGCCCUGAGCCCCAAUUCACGAUCCUUCGAGGGCUGGAAGGUGUCGCCGUUGCCUUUGGACUUCGAUAUCUAUCUAUUUAACUGGACGAAUCCAGAGGACUUCUAUGUGGGCUCGAGUAAGAAGCCCCACUUUGAGCAACUGGGCCCCUAUCGGUUUCGAGAGAAACCCGACAAGGUGGACAUCGAAUGGCACAAUCAUAACGCCUCCGUAUCAUUUCGCAAAAAGUCCUGGUUCUACUUUGAUGCUGCCGGCAGCAAUGGAAGUUUAUGGGAUAAAGUGACUACGGUCAACAGCGUAGCGCACUCUGCUGCUAGACGUGCGGCCGACAAUUACUUUGCCAGAGGUGCCAUUAACUUGGCCAAUAAAUUGUAUGGACAGAGAGUGACCACUACGAGAACCGUUGAUGAAAUGCUUUUCACGGGCUACGAGCAUCCAUUCAUAAGCGUGGGCAAGCUGUUCAGCCCUCAGGAUGUUCCCUUUAAACGUGUAGGCUACCAUUACCCACGAAAUGGCAGUUCCGAGUUCGAUGGUGGUAUCAACAUGUUCACAGGAGCCGAUGAUAUAGCGAAAAUGGGUCAGAUUCAUACGUGGAAUAAUUUGACGCAUACUGGAGCCUUUGAGGGCACCUGCGGGCAGGUGCACGGCUCGAUGGGCGAAUUCUUUCCGCCCAACCUUGGCACCAAAGACACCGUCUACAUGUACAUGCCCAAGAUGUGCCGUGCUAUACCACUGGACUACGUGGAAACUGUGACCGUGCACGGCGUGACCGCCUACAAAUUCAGUGGCACCCGGCACGCUGUGGACAAUGGCACUCUGUAUCCGGAUACCAGUUGCUAUUGCGUCAAUGGAAAGUGUAUGCCCAGCGGGGUCAUCAAUAUCGGACCCUGCUCCAUGAACGCAUCCGUCUACAUGUCCUUCCCACACUUCUACAUGGCGGAUCCAAGCUAUCUGGAGGCCAUCGAGGGUUUGCGACCAGAACGCGAGAAGCACGAGUUCUUCAUGACCCUGGAGCCCAAUGCGGGCGUGCCAAUGGACGUGGGUGGUGGCUUUCAGGCCAACUACUACAUGGAGCCAAUUCCGGGUAUUUCCUUGUAUGAGAAUGUCCCGACGGUCAUGAUACCCAUGAUGUGGUGCGAGGAGCGCGUACGCGUGUCAGAGGAAAUUGCCGCAGACAUUGCGCUUGUUCCGCUAAUUGUCCUGCUGGGACAGAUCGUAACCGGCAUACUCUUGGCGGGCGGUCUCAUAUGCACCUGCUGGUACCCGACGCGACAAGUGACGCACUUCUGUCACAGCGAUCCAAAGGCAAAGGCCAGUGUCCUGCGUCCACUGAACGCAUUUGGUGUAAAUUCGACGGCAGCCACAGCGCCGGUGUCCCAACUAUUCCGGAACAACAUUAGUUCAUCGGGCAACGAGCGUGUGGGAGUGCGCCUGCUAGACUAUAAUCGCGAUUCUGGCAUAAGACAGGAGAAUGGUACCAUGGAAAGCAUGCACAGGGAGCGUCUGAUCAGCGAGGCCUCGCCCGAUGUUGUAGUUAGAUAAUACAUGCGUUGGCAUCAAACCAUUCUGACGGUGCCGCCAACGAUCAUCUGCCUAAGACUCAUUUACGUCGCCGUAGCUUAAAAUAGCUUAGAACAACGUGAUGAAACCAUUCUGCCUUAGCCAGGCUCUAAGAGGCUGGACCCAGUUGCUCAUCGAGGAUGUCGUUCCAAUUCACGUCACAUUACCACCACAUUACCAACCACGCACGCGCCAAUCGCAUAAGGAGUUCCCUCAACACAUCUGCACGCUUUGCGGACAGCGAGAGAGAUUUAUAAGAUUAUUUAUUUUAGUGCCAAAUAACAGCAGAAAACGCAAGCAAAAAGUCAUUAACUAUUGUAGUAGGAUAAACUAAAUUGUAUAUAGAGCGACUCGCGUAGAGCGCCCCAUUACUCAUUUUCCUUAAUUCUUGAAGUUAAAACUGCGCAUGCCCAAAGUAUUUAUAUUUAUAUUAUAAUUCAUAACUUUUGUAUAGCGAUAUUUAAGGUUUUCAUCCAGAUUGAUCUGAAGUUAUAAAGAAAUAAUAUUGAACAGAGAACAUAGGUAGCGAGAAUUGUUGCUCAUUUACAUAGGUAGGCCGAAAAACUAAAAAUUUAAAGUUGUUGUUUUAAGUCUUGUACAAAUAACGCUAGCACUGCAAAGAUAACGCAUAUCCUAUGUACAAAUGUCGAUCAGUGUAAGAUCUAAAUGCCUAGAUUAUAAAGCACAGCUGUGAACCCCGGAAAUAUUUCCAAAAAUUCCUUAAGAUAAAUGAAUAGAAAAAAUGAUUAAAAUCAAGUGAUCAACGAGGGACUUUCUGAAAAUGGCAGUAGUUACUAAAAUUACGUAUGGAGACCCUGAAAAAGAAAUUUUCAAACAUAUCUUCAUAUAAUUUUGAAUUGAAAAUCCAAUCCAUUUAUACAUUUGUUACUAUUAAACUUUUUAUUUGUCUUUGCCUUGAAAAACAUAUUCCCCUAAAUAAGUUUCUUUAAAUCCACACAAUACACUUGAAUAAUUAAAUGUGUUUUAAAAUUCAUCUUUUUUAUAUAAGAUGACGCGUCAUCCAAGGCGAUUUCCAAUAAUUCCACCUAAACGAAAAUAAAACUGUCAACACAUAAAA